GAGAGAGAGAGAAAAAAGAGAGAGAGAAAAAAGAGAGAGGAGAGAGCAAGAGAAAGAGAGAGCAAGAGAAAGAGAGAGAGAGAAAGAGAGAGAGAG